AUGUGCAUGGACAGGGCAGUAUUCAGUGUGGUAAUUCCCGAGCCAGUGCUAAAUUUGUCUGUCGUUUUGCGCCCUAACGGGACAGGAGUCGUUUCGUGGAUCCCUUCGGCCGAGCAGGAAAAUAUACUGUUCUACCAAAUAAUUUAUUAUGCUCUACAACAUGAGAAUGGUUGUCAAACCCGUCAUGAGGCACUGAAUGUCAAAGCUGCUUCCACAUCUGUCACCGUCGACUUCGCUGGUCAGCGCUGUGAGUACGUCGUUCGCCUUGUCAACUACGACCUCAUCGGACGAGAUGCCGUGGCCGAGAUUCGCGUGCUUGUCGAACACGAAGCUCCAACACCUCGGCUUGAUGUGAUGCUUCAAUCUGAAGCUGUUAUUAUUCCCAUAGCACUGGUGCUAUUUUUCUGCCUCUGCAUGACCAUACGAUGCUUCUGCAAUCGAAAUUGUCCGAGUAUAGACCCAGAAAAACAAGAGAAACUCCAUAGUUUUGUGUAAAU